AUGUUUCCUUCUGCAUCGUCAUCAUCGUUUGAAUUCAAUCGAAAUCUGCAAGAAUUUAAUGAAGAAAGUACGCAUACAAUUCCAGCAACAUCUUCAUCAGCGAUUUUGGAUAAUAAUAAUCAUUUUUCUUCAAUGAUGAUUACACAUGGUGAACUUGAUGAAAAAUCGAACUUCGACGAAAAAGAAGAAGAAUUUCAUUAUCGUUCUCUAAUGUCGAUGUCAACAGUUCGAAAUUCUCAUUAUCCAACGAAUUAUUUCAAUGAACAGUCUUACCAAUAUGCGCAUUCAUUCACUCAACAUCAACAAAUGUCGAUGCCUAAUAUGAAACAUCGAGAGACAACGAGUAGUUCACUUAAUCUAAUUCCACAAAAUCUGAGCGAAGAUGAAUUUUGUCAAAUCUGUGGUGAUUUGUCAUCAGGUUGGCAUUGCGGAGCAAUAACAUGUGAAGCAUGCAAAAAAUUUUUCCUUCGUUCAAUUUCGACUGGUGAUGGAAAUAAAAAGUAUAAAUGUCAACGAGAUUUUUCCUGUGCAAUCACGAAACGAUCGAGAACUCAAUGUCAAUAUUGUCGAUUUCAGAAAUGUUUAGCAGUUGGAAUGAAACCUCACGAGUCGAUGGGACCAAAAACUGAAGAUUUGUACAGGAAAUUACCGUGUUUAGUCUGCGGUGGAUCCGCAUCGGGCAUUCAUUUUGGUGCGGUGACGUGUGAAGCUUGUAAAGGUUUCUUUCGUCGGUCGAUUAAAGAAAAUGCUCCUGAUAGAUAUCGUUGCACCGAAAAUAACAAUUGUGAUAUCCAUGCAACAUCAAAAAUCACUUGCCGGGCUUGUCGAUUUAAGAAAUGUGUUCAAGCUGGAAUGUCAAUGGAUGCUUCUCGUAUUGGUCGACAAUCGAAUCUUUUCAAAGAAAGUAUUCGACAAUUACAAAAUGGUUCGACAUCAAUGGCAACAGCAACUGAUUCAGCACGAAUUGCAUCGAUGGCAAAACGACGAAAGACAAAGUCCAAACCAUCACGAAUUAUAGUAAUUACUUCAAGUAAUGAUAUUGAUAACGAAUUGUCAUCUGGAACGAAAUCUUUUAUCGAAAAAGUACACAAUGCCUAUAUAAUGCAUUUAAAGGAUUUACCUCAAUGUAUUCCACAUGGAACGGUUUGGGGAACAAUGGCUUCUCAAAUGAUUAUGUAUGCUCAAGCAGUAAUGAAUUUCUGUCAAAAGACAAUUCCAGGUUUUGACAGUAUGUACGAGAAAUAUGAUGUUAUAUCAUCGUGUAUCCAUUCUGUGAUUAUGGUCGCAUUGUUACCACGAAUUUUAUCAAUAAAAUCCUCGUAUAAUGAUCUUCAACCGAUCUGGAAUUAUUGGCAGGCAGAAUCGACAUUGUCCAUAGAAUUAAAUGCACAUGUUCCACAAUUAACCGAAGCGGAAAAUUCAUUUCGAUCAUUCGAAACAAAAAUUCGUGAUUUACAUUUGGAUGAAAAAGAAUUUGCUCUUCUUCUACUGAUGAUCAUCACUCGAACAAACAUCAAUGUGAUGAACGAAGAGACAAAAUUCUGGCCAAAAUGUCAAUACGAAUGUGUUCAAGCUUUCUCGGAAUACGCUCAAGCACGUCGAUCGAAUAGUAUUAGAGGUUUGUCCUUUGAAUUCUAUGAUAUCGCUUUUCUUGUUUCUCAACUUCGAACAUUAAAUCAUUGUAUUGGAGAAUGUUUAAUGAAUCUUCCUUGGCCAUAUAUUCGAAAUUUACCUUCUUUUUUCUAUCGCAUUUACGUUCCACUCUCAUCAAAUUGUUCAUCAAUUAUGAAUUCGAAUUUUUCAAGCAAUUAA